AUGACCUUUCAAAUAGGUAGUAAUGUAGUGGUGAACAAAUUUCUCGGCGCAUUCUUCAUGGCAAACUCGUACCAAGGUCGCUUACACGCGAACAUUACCAAUAGUUACACAUCAAUCACUCUCCUCGGAGUGAAAAGAUCGGAGAUGGGAAGCUUCACGUUAAAAAUAUCAUCUCAACCAAAUAUGGUUUCAACUUCAACUACAGUGGAGAUUUCAGUACUGUGUAAGUACAAAGUACCUAUGAAAACAAGAUUACAACAGCACACUAAGAAAAUCAUAUCAGCAGCCUUAAACUUUGUCACUUAGACAAUUAAAUAAUAAAUGAUAGUUCUAACUUAUAAGUUGAACAUUGAGCCAUACCUGGACUGGCGGCUCUAGUUUACCGUGCGGUGUUUGUAAGAGUAAUAAUGUCGCAUUUAAAUAAUUGGGUAAAUUAUUUGCUCGAUUUUGAUAUGUGUGAUUUACAACCCUAGUUUACCAUUUUUUUCUUUAUUUUUUAGGUAUCGUCAAAUUAUAAAUUUACGAAGCAUUGAUGGGGUAGUUACAUAGCGGGUGUUUUUUAAAUGCUUCCAAGUAACUAGGAAACGGCAUAGUUUGGUUAUGUUUUAACAAACAACAAUUAAUGAAAUUUCGGUAAACAAGCAUAGUAAACAACUAAAAGUGGUGUUAGGGUAAAAAGAGCCUCCAGGGGAACUCUAGAUAAAGAAGCACACACACAGAUCAUUGUACUUCAUAGAUGAUGUCCUUUUCUGCACCAAAAAAAUCAGUCGAGAUAUUGUUGGUUAUUUGCAGAUCAACCGGAGAUCGUCCUUCAUCCCUUGAAUGCCACAAAAGUGGAGGGAGAAAAUAUCACUUGGUCUUGUAACGCUACAGGAAAUCCAGAACCGAAUAUAUCAUGGAUCUUUUACGGUUCUCACAUAAAUACAACUUACAAUCCUAGGAUUGCUUUUUCAAAAGGCAGACAGAAAAUGACGAUAACAAGUAUUAUCAGAAUGGAUAGCGGGGAGUACCAAUGUAUGGCGACCAAUAUGCUCGGAAAUGUUUCUUCCCGAGUGGCUACACUUGAUGUAUUAUGUAAGUACAAUUUGUCAUAAGGGAGACAAUUAUUUUAUCACUUUGCAUGGAUGAGAAAUUUCUUUCAGAUUUUAAGAAUGCAUGGAAAUUUUUGAAGAUGAAGUGGUAAAUGCCUUGUAAGUAACAUUUACUAAUUAAAUCACGGGGAGACUGUAAACCAUUUAUGGCCAAAAACAAUUAUUUGGACUAAUGAGUUUCCAAAGUCAUGAGGUCCAACGUACUAACCAAAGCUCAAGUCUCUCAUUUCAUUUUAUAUUCACGUGCACUUCUUAAACCAACAGAUUCCUCAUCAUUUAUUUCGGUGCGACUUUCAAUUUUAUUGCAUGAAAAUUGGAAAAAAGGAAUUUGUUUCAAAAUUGUUCGCUCAUUUCAUUGCCUGUGACAGAUGACUAUGUAGAAUUCCUUGAGGAACUAGGAGUCACGUUGAUUGAAUAUCUUACACUAGCGUGAGAACCUCUUAAGAGCGUGUCCACGAGAGCACCGGGCAGUUGUGUUACAUGCCAUCUCACCGAUUUCAGUGAAACUUUUCCAGUUUAAAGGGUCUACCCCGAAACUAAAAAAGACAAACUGUUUUGGUUUUUUCCAAGGGGAGAUAGACCAUCCCCCCCCGUUUUUUCUUGGUUUUCACCGAGGAAAUCGCUUCAAAAUAGGUAAAAUGUUUGAAGCUCUCACUGUGAUGGUAUUUAACCAAUUACUCUGAGAGUUUGCACACAUAUUAUUACAUCCUUAGUUAAUGACGGCUUGUCAAUCAACAUAGGCAAAAAUACGACUGCGUUUUUAGACUUUUUGAUUCAUCCAAAUAUUUGACAACUUUGAGGUCAAAUAUCUCCCGUUGACAGAAAGCUACAAGACUAAUCUUAAUUACCCUUUAUAACCCAUUAUUUCAUCUAUGAAAAUCAUCACAAAUAUCUUUGGGCACUACCUUAUUUUUGUCUUAGAUGCCUUUUAAAUUCUGCGACUGUGACAAGUUUCUCUCAACUACAGCUGUCACGCAAUUCUUGCUCUAGGCGGUCACUUGACUAAAUAAACCUACAUUUUUUAUACAAGAUGAUUGAUCAAGAAAGGUGAAAAAUGUGAAAAACUUUCGAGAUUUUUUGUAGGAAUGGAAAAUUUCACGUUUAGAGAGAUGCAUGUAGGCGAAAAAUCGAAGAGAAAAUCGUAGCGUUUCUUUCUUCAGUCGUUUAUUACUUUGGAGAUUUGCUAAAAUCAGGAAAUAGGGCUUUUGUACAGAACAAAAUAUUAAUUAGCCUGUAAUUUGAUUGUCUAUUAUCAUCAUCGCAAGUUUACAGUAAGGAAACUGAAACAGGAGAUAUAUAGCACCCUUUCGAAUUUCUCUGGGUGGUGUCGGGCUUAGGUGUAUAGGUCUGGCUCAAAAGAUAUCUGCACGCUGCAACACAGGUUUCUAUGUUUUCUCCUUUUUCUUUAUUUGUAUUUUUAUUCUCUUCCUUUCAUUAUCACACAUUUAUGUUUUUUUAUUCCCUCAACGCGUUCCCUCAGAUUCGGAAGUAGGCUAUGAAAAGUAUAAUAUUGACCAGAACUGAAAUCCUUUUCUAUCACUAUUUGUUUCCGAGAACCCCCGUUAUUUAUAACUUUAUUUUUCAAGAGAAUGUAUUUUUAUUUGCUAUUUAUUUCCAUUAGAACAUGAAACUAGGUCCUCGUGACUCACAAAAACUGUGUUUGCGACAACAUCAAUUGAGAAAUCAAAGGCAAUUACGCCUGAGAAAUUCGCUUUUAACCUUCUAGCCGUAUAAGGCAAAUCCAUGUGAUGAAACGUGCUAAGACCUCUGUAAAGUAGAGAUAUUGCAUGAUGUCGAGGGGUCAAAUAUUUACACUGAAUCUGUGACCCUCAAACGGAUCACGUACUCGAGCGUGUAACGUCCGGAAAAUGUCACGCAUGUACAACACCGAAGGCACACCUGGCGAAUUCUAUCAACUGGCUUCGAUAGUAAAGAGGCAAAUUAUUUACUAUUUGUAUAUGAGCAAGCUUAUUUACCCUACUUGAAAAAUCCUUGAUAAAGUCUACUAUUGUCAGACGAAACGCGUGGAAGACAAAUACAAGUUUUUACUUUCUCAGUUCGUGCAGUGAUGCUCAAUAGUUUGUUCCGUCAAAAACCCUUUUAAUGAAGUAACAUCGACCUCGGAAGAAAAAUUAAGCUCACCCUGACAUAAUCAACGGUUUGAUACCUUAAGUACCAAUUUAGGUACAUCAUUGGGCUUUGAUCACAAUAAUGAAAAAAAUGUGCGUUUCCUCACGCUAGCCACAUUUAUUCUUUGGAAAAUUAUGUUACUGGAGGGCGAAUGUCGCUUAGCUUGGCGCGUCUUUGACACCCCCUGAUAUUUGUUAAUUCACGCAGCGCUGGCCGACGAAAAUAAACGAGUUAAACCCCAUGAAAUUCUUGACAAAUGUUUUAAAAACUUUGUUCACCCUUGAUUUGCAUGCAGGAAAAAAAAGGCAAAUUCCGAACGGUAUUUCAGAACAUUCUAUUCACUGGUCAAUUUAUGAACUGCUUUAUAGCAGCCCGAGGAAAAAGCAAAAUUGAAACCACCGGCUUAUCGGUCAAAUGAAUUCCAAUUUUUUUCACCAAGGAGUUAGUAAGUUCAUUUUCCCCAGUAAAUUUAAGUGGGGGUCAAUUUUCUGUGACAGCCGAAGAUAGACACCUCUGAAACGUCUCUGAAACUCUUAAAGAGUUUACACUUACAUUGUUAAUCCUAUGUAGUGUAGGUGUAUCAGUUGUAUUACGUCUUCAUAGUGAUGCAUAUAAGAAAUCGAGUGUCUAAAAAGCCCUCAAUUCAACCUAACACUCGAAUUUAUAGAGUCAAGAUGGUGCAGUUGUCUUGUUAAUUUGCAACUAACUGUAGAACCAAAUUUUUCUCGCGCUGGCCAGGGACGGCAAGAGCUCAUACCUCUAAAUUCGUGGGUAUACAGCUUUAAAAAAACAUUUUAGAGACUUCGAUGUAUCCCAAACAUGCGUUUUGUCCGAGAGGAAGCUUAUUCUAGCGCGUAUUGGCCUAUUUGGAGAUUACGAAGGCCACGAUUUCACGAUAUACCUCAAAUAUCGUGCACAACUUGGUGUGAGAUUCAGACCUUCGGGUUCGUAAAUGCCAGUAUCCUCUUCAUAAAAAUCGGAGACAUAAAGUUGAGAGAGAAGUGAAUCUGAAGAUGGCAGAAGAAAUCAAAGCUUGUGGCGAGUCUUUCUGGUGGCAAGGUGACUAUAAACCUAAUAGAACGCGUAUUGUAACUACUAUCUUAGCGUCGGCAACGAACAAGGAAGAAGGGCAAGAAGAGCGCUUAUCUGAACAUCAGUUUUCCUAACUGGUGAUUUGUGACUGAGAUUAACUUUAUAUCAUAUGAUUGCCAGGGAUACACAGGUACUGUAUAGGCGCUCACAUAAAUAGAGGUGGCGAUCCUCCCUCUGACUUAAGAACUGCGAAAAGUUUAUAGCGCAAACCAACUAGCACAGUUUGGAGUAUAUCAGGUUCUCACUGGGCUCAUCACAUUAGAAACCUUCAGCAAACUAAUCGAAGAAGCGGGUGGUUAUCAGCAACGUGCACAGAUUUCUGAACGCGGGUCAUCGCGAGAACAAUAAAGCGAGAUAUUCUUGCUAAAAGGAAGGAUGUAUCAAGACGUUUCAGUCAUUGGCUGCCAUCCAAAAGUACCCUAACAAAGACAAACACAGUGAAGCUGACAAAAAAAAUCCGCCUAUGAUAAGAUCAAGAGGAAAUGAAUGAAGACCGGCUUGCCAUUCUAUAGGGGAUGGCUACGUUCAAAGUCGGACCUCAGGUAAAAUUCUGACGAACAGUCCCUAACUAGCCAAGUGGACUUUCGAUGGGCUCUUUGGAAAACACAAAAAACAGCCACGUUUUCUCAGAAAGCAAAGAAUUAUCUCCUAGACGUGUGCUGAACAGGGGAGGAAACUAGUAUGGCAACCACCUCUAAUGUGACUUCCCAAAUAUUGAUUUUAAGAGACGACACCAGCCAGAAAUGUUGUCUAAGACUGACCGGUUGAUACAGCAGCAAAUCGCUCGAUACUUCAGCCGGUUAUCUGCCGUAACAAAAAUUGGUUUAUUGACGAGGUCCCCCUCUGUUAAUAUGAAUGAGGACGAAGAGGCCGAUGCCAAUGAUCUAGCUUCAGAAGUCGAAACUGACCGAACAAGGCAGAAGAUAAAGAGGGACCUUGCAAAAUUUAGACGAAGACUGCAGGAGAAGGUACAGCUGCUAUUAAGCUAAAAUAAAAUAAAGAAAUUGGCAUCUCACUUUUCUUUCAUAUUUAUUGUCUUUACUCACGAAAAAACUGAUUAUGUCUUGGGAUUUCAUCAAGGGAGAUUUGCAGGAAGCCUACUGGUCAAAUUACUGCUGGCUCAUUCUUAAUAAAUUUUACAAGUCACACAAUUAAACGCCGGCAACACUCGAUCUAGAAAGAUGUAGAUUUCUGUGUAGUUAUAGAAUGCUUGAAAAAAAUAUGCAGAUAUUUUACGAUCGAAGUAGGCAAAUAAUCAUAGAAAUCUGCAGAUUAUUCUGAAAUUGUUAUCUAGCAGACAGCAUGAACAACGCGCUUGAAUAAUUCCUACGGAGAGUCUUCGGGUCACGCAACAGAUGUUAGCUUAGCAGAGGUCUGCAUGGAAAUGUUCGAUGGCGGUAAGUGACAACGACAACCCUUUUUUAAUUUUAUUUUCGGGAUAGAAGCACAGUUUUUAGUCUGAUAGAACUAUUGAUAUUUGCCCUCAAGCGAGAGCGCAGAAUUUCUCGUCUGUAAAGCCGAAGAUGUAGCACACUGGAACUUGUAGUAAUAUCAACCAACACACAGCAUGUGACUUUAAAAUCUCCUAAGAUGAGCGAUGAUGAUGAUAAACGAUCAAAUUAUAGACUAAUGAAUGUUUUGUGCCGUACAAAAGCCAUAUCUGCUGAUUUUAGCAAAUCUCCAAAGUAAUAAACAACUGAAGAAAGAAACGCUACGAUUUUCUCUUCGAUUUGUCGCCUACAUGCAUCUCUCUAAACGUAAAAUUUUCCAUUCCUACAAAAAAUCUCGAAAGUUUUCACAUUUUUCACCUUUCUUGAUUAAUCAUCUUGUAUAAAAAAAUGUAGGUUUAUUCGGUCAAGUAACCGCCUAGAGCAAGAAUUGCGUGACAGGUGUAGUUGUGAGAAACUUGUCACAGUCGCAGAUUUUAAAAGGCAUCCAAGACAAAAAUACGAUAGUGCCCAAAGAUUUUUUUGAUGAUUUUCAGAGAUGAAAUAAUGGGUUAUAAAGGGUAAUUAAGAUAAGCGUUGUAGCUUUCAGUCAACGGGAGAUGACCUCAAAGUUGUUAAAUAUUUGGGUGAAUCGAAAAGUCUAAAAACACAGUCGUAUAUUUGCCUCUGUUGAUUGAAAAGCCAGCAAUCAAAUUGACUGAUACUUGCGGCGGACAUUAAUUAAGGAUGUAAUAAUAUGUGUGCAAACUCUCAGAGUAAUUGUUUAAAUAGUAUCGCAGUGAGAACUUCAUACAUUUUACUUAUUUUGAAGCGAUUUCCUUGGUGAAAACUAAGAAAAACGGGGGGGGUUGGUCUAUCUCCCCCUGGAAAAAACCAAAACAAAAACCAGUUUGUCUUUUUGAUUUUUGGGGUAGACCCUUUAAACUGGCAAAGUUUCACUGAAACCGGUGAGAUGGCAUGUAGUACGACUGCACGGUGCUCUCGUGGACACGCUCUUAAACAUUAUCACAUUUGAGAGCCUUAGGGAAACCUUCAGUCUUUGGCGCAUUUUACAUUUUAUCCACUCAAAUAACCCUCUACACCCUUGUAUCAGUAUUCAUAUUUUCCAUACUGUUCUUUAUACAUUUCCUAAGGUGCUUAUAAAGGGAAUCCGUAUAACAAUCAAAAGCUUCGUUAGUUGGUGAUCAUUUCUUUUCAUAUCAUGACCUUAAUGUUCGAUUCAGGGGUGCUAUUUAAAGGAUAAAUUAGAUGCUAGUCUCUCUUAGGAGUAUAAGGGUUAGAAUCCCAAUCAAAAUGUGAUUGAUUGGCACUGCUAUAUGUUUAAUCAAUGAACAACUUGUUCAUUUGAUAGGUGCGUUAUGUCCAUGUACUAGUUACAAUCUUUAUUUUAUUACUUAAGCUUAAGGUAUCAUAACGUCAUCUGCUCGUGCUUUGAACUGAACAUAUUUUAGAUCAAUCUAUGACUCGCAGUCUCCGCCGUUUCAAAUUUUGUUCCCCAAUUGGGCUGCUUCGACUUCUAAGGGACAGAUCUACCUCUUUUCGAGGCAACUGAAAAUGGUACUUUCUUUUCUAUAAUAUGAUCUGUUGAUGAUUUUCCUUGUCUCAUUUUAACGACUAUAGAUAAACCCGAGAUCAGCCCUUUUCCACGAAUGAUUCAGAGAACCGAAGGAGACAAAAUGAUUUUAUUUUGCAACGCCACUGGAAAUCCAAUACCGACAAUAUCAUGGACCACAAAUGGAUUUUCCUUGGACACUAAUAACAGUUCCAGAAUUAAGUUGUCUUACGAAGGAAAGCAACUCACUAUAAGAAUGUGAGCAGAACAGACAGUGCAGUGUACCGAUGUGUCGCGGAAAACAGUCCUGGAAAUGUUACGUCCAGUGGCACUACCUUGGAAGUGCAUUGUAAGUAAUGAGGAUUUUUAAUAAAUGAAACCUGAAGUUUUUCUUGUGUAACUGAGAUGGUUCAUCUUGCUUUCCAAGCAAAAGUCUCACUUGGCCUUAAAAGUUUACAAGUUUACCUUUAAAAGUUUACCUUUAAAAGUUUACCUUAAAAAGUUUACCUUUAAAAGUUUACCUUAAAAGUUUUUUCUGCCUGACGAGCGCUUAGGCGCGAAACUCGGAGUCACAGAGAAUCGAUGCGUCCUCUUUAAUCCUUUAACUUAUAUACAAACAUUAGAUCACAUAUUUUUGAACACCCAUCAGAGUCUCGUUAUCUUUAAAGUCUGAGGGACAACCAACUAUAGGGUCGAAAUGACUAAGCUAUAGAUAAUUAUGCUCCUUAAUUGACACUGGCUUGAAAGGCGUAGGACAAGUUGCCUAAUGGGCCUUAAUAGGCGGAAAGAUUCUUAUUUCAUUAUCAGUGUCAAAACGGUGCGGAACUGAAUUAAUGAUUCUUAAAAAUAUAAGAUAUUUAUUAGUUAUAUAUGAAAUUUAUGCUUCGUUUUUUUUUUUUUUUUUUUUUUUUUUUUUAACAUUUUUUUUUAUUUUCACUUAAAGCACAAAUACUAGAGUAAUACAAACAAAUACAAAGUUAAUUACACUAACGCUUACGCUACUCACUAACACUAAUUACGAAAUACUGCAUUACAUUACAUUCACAGUCGGCUAGAUUUAAUUUAUGUUGUGGUUAUAUAAUAAUAUAAGCCUAAUUUGUACAAAUACUUCUACAUCAAAUUCCUUUUUUGGUAGAACGACUGUAUAUACAACUGCGUCUAUAACUGUUAAUACCCGAUACUCAUCUAUUGAGUUACAAUAACAUGUUUUCCCAUUUUUUUAUAAUGAAUAGAUUCUUUUUUAUUCUUUUUUGCAAUCAAAAAUUCAAAUUUCCGAGUUUCAGAUGUUUUAGCCUUCAGUAAGGAUACAGACAGCUUGAUAUUUUUACAACGACAUGAAUAAAUGGUAUAUUUUCCAAGAAUGAUUAUGUGAUUUUACAAACAAUUCCCAGGGUUAUUAUCGGAAAUACCAAAGAGGAUUGUUACCUCAUCAAGCUUAUCAAUUUUCAUAUUGUAAGUAUUUAACCAAGAAAUAACCGAAAGCCAAAAGUUUUUAGUGUAGGUACAGCUGAUUAGAAGAUGCUCAAGAGUUUCUUCGUGAUCUCCACAAAAGGUACACAUCGGAGAAGGAACCAAAUUCAUUUUAUAUAGGAUUUUAUUGGUGUAGAGAAUACGAUUUAAGAUUUUGUAUUGAAAGGCUCUCGUUCUGGCGUCAAGAGUGACUCGACCCGACAAUAGAUAAAUAUUUUUCCAGUCUAUAUUACCUGAAAUAUUAUAUACGGAAUUAAACUUAGAUUGGGCAGUCGGAGAAAUCUGGAUUCGUUUGACCAGAGUGGAAUAGAUUGAUUUUGAAGUCAUUCUAGUUAUAUCUUGAACAUCGUCUGAAACAGUUUUGUCAAUUCGGUUGUUAUUAUUCUCUCCAACGUUAAGGAGCUGUUUCCAGUUAGGCGGAAUGGCGGAAAAAAUUCCUUGUAGGAGUAAGUAAUCUGACAAGGAGAGAUUUUUCUCUCUAAAAGCGUCCCACCUUUUUAAUUUUGAGUCAUUUGAGAGAAUAUCUCCAAGUUUCACAAAACCUGCUUCUUUUAUUCUCUUGUUGUAUAUUGAUUUCUUGUUAAUCAAGAGGUUCUGGUUGUUCCAGAUAGUCACAUUUAAAACGUCCUGUUUUGUAGCUAUUAUAUCGUGAUUGCCAUUAAAGUCAGACAAAACUUCAAGACAUUCUUUAUAAAAAGAAGGUAGUUUACAGGGUAGGCGCGAUGGAUUGAAAUUGCACUGAAGCAGAAAACUGGUUCCUACAUUCGUAAGAUAAUGAGACAAGAAAACUUUCCACGGACUACUAUUAUCAUCUAAAUACCUUGCAAGACACACAAUUCUUUGAGUUUUAAUUAAAGAUUCAGGGUGAGGCAUUUUGAGGCCACCGUCUUCGUAUUCACUAAUUAAGGCUAGUCUUUUGACUAUUGGAAAUUUAAAUUCAUGGAACGGUAGGAAUCUCAUUUACCGUAAGCGCUCUAACGAGGCAUAGAAGGGCUACUUAGCUCCCUCACCAUUUGCAUGAGUUGCUUAUUGGAGAGGCGGACUUUUGUUUUCAUUAUGGAGAAGAGAGGGGGAAUGAGGACCAGUUCGAGAGGGGAGCCCUGUUAGUGCGUGAACUGUAGCCCAUGUGACGUUACAACAGAAUCAAUGCAAUCAGGAAAAAUUCAUGCAAAAUCUUUAGCUAAUCAUAGAUCUUCGGGAUGGAACUACUCCGUCUAAUUACAAAAAUACUCAAUCGCAGGUGAAGACCUUAUCGUUCACGUGGAGCACCAAAAUCACUUUUUUAAGAAAGGCUUAUCAAACUCAACCUGCUUCAUUUUUGUCUUAGAAAACCAGGAGCUCUCUUAUGCGGGAUAAAGUGUUUGUUCUAAAACUUUUACAAGUUAAAACUACUAACGUACUCUGUUUUAAGAAAAGAACAUUUAGCCUCUGUUGAAAAUACAAACGUUGCAAAAUGAAGCACCAGUUCACUCUGUCACUUAUGUUAAGAGGGGAAGUUGAAUAUCAAAUUUAACAACUCUUGCUGCUUUUUCACGCAGAG